AUGGGUUCAAACAAAAUACUUACAUCGAUUGUAAUGAUAUCAAUGGUUUUGCUUAGCGUUUCCACUAAUAUUGCAGGGAGAAAGGUCGCAUUUCUUAAUCCAGCUGAUUGUUUCGCUUCAAUCAAAAAGGUGGACGGAUGCGCUGAUGCCGUUAGCGCCAUACUGCGCUGGGACUUUAGCCAUCUAAAGCAUGCUUGCUGCGACGCAGUGGAAGGAAUUGCAGAAGAUUGCUGGCCCGUUGUGUUCCCAAGACAGCCUUUCGUUCACAUGAUGAUAAAAGGCAUUUGUAUCUUCCCAUAA